GGAAACAAACCUUUAUUUUCUACACCCUGAAACGACCACCAUUAUCGAGUCUCGUUUUAAAUUUGACAUUUCGCAAAUCAAAAUAUAACCUCAAAACGUCAAAACCGUGAAGUGCAUCAUAAAUUUUCCAGUCCUAUCUAGGAUAUUUUUUUUAGAAUUAAUAAAUAAAAAUUUAUUAAAAUGCUACGAAAUAUAUCAAAUUUAACUCGAAAUCCUUCUACACGAACAUAUGCAGCAGCCUCGCCUGCUGUCAAAUCCAAUAAAUCAACAAAAACCAGAAAAAUCCCCCUAAUCGAAUGCAAGAAACCCGAAUUAAAUGUUCCCUUUGGAAAACACUUGAUUGAAGCUAAAUUUGGUACAAUUCCACUUGCUUCUAAUGGUUGGAUGCAUCGUAAAUCAAAAGGUGAUUACUUUAUUAUUAAUCCUUCAGUUAAUGAAGAUGAUAUUUUAAGCCAAAUGCAAGAUAUCAAAGAACUUAAACUAUCAGAAGAUUUAAUACAAAACUUGAAUUCCGAAUUGGAAAUCACUCAGCUAACUAAAAUUCAAUCGGAUGCUAUUCCGAUUAUUAGUGAUAGCGAACAUGUAUUGAUUGCUGCAGAAACUGGCUGUGGCAAGACACUCGCUUAUUUGAUGCCAAUUGUGCAACAAAUUCUCGAACAAAAGUAUCGAUUUGUAGAGCGACAGUUAAAUACUCCUCUCGUGUUGAUAUUAACUCCGGGAAGAGAAUUGGCUCUACAAAUUGCCGAAGUAGCUAGUAAGUUGUGUAAAUCAACUGGCAUUAAUGUCAAAUGUAUUCUUGGUGGGAAUACAAAACAGAAAAUGAUAAACCCAGAAUUUGAGGAAGUCGAUAUUCUGGUCGGUAGUAUGGGAGCUAUAAGUAAAUUGGUCACAACUGGCAUCUAUCGAAUGGAUAAAGUCCGUCAUGUUGUUCUCGAUGAAGCUGAUACUUUACUCGAUGAUACUUUCUCUGACAAAUUAUGCUUCUUCCUUAAAAGAUUCCCGUUCCAUAAGAAUCACCUUCAAGACGAUAAAGUUGUAGGCAGUCAAUUGAUUCUCGCUUCAGCCACAAUGCCCACAAACACUGAUCAAAUCUUGCAAAACAUCAUCGACACAUCUACACUCCAUCAAGUGGUUAGUCCGAAUUUGCAUCGCCUCAUGCCGCACAUAACACAUAAAUUCCUCAGAAUGAAUAAAUCCGAUCGACCGGCUAAUAUUCUGACUUUGGUUAAAUCUGAGUUGGCUAAGAAGCGUCCAGUUAUAGUAUUUGGUAAUAAAUCCUCAACCAGUGACUAUGUGUCCAUGUUUCUCAACAAUAAUGGAGUGAAUUGUAUUAAUUUGAAUGGAGACAUGUUGAUGAAAAUUCGAAUUGGUAGAUUUGAGCAAUUUCAGCAGGGUCAUGUCGAUGUUCUGUCGACAACAGAUGUUGGUAGUCGUGGUCUGGAUACAACUCGUGCUAGGCAAGUUGUUAAUUUUGACUUCCCCUUGCAUGUGUCCGACUAUAUUCAUCGGUGUGGGAGGAUAGGUCGUGUUGGGAGUCAACACAAAUGUUUAGUAACAAAUUUUGUAUCUAGCCAACGAGAAAUCAGUUUGGUGCAGAAAAUCGAACAUGCAGCGAGGACGGGAAGCGUUCUGCCAAAUGUUAAUGCGAAUAUAUCAAAUCUUAUUCAAAGCCGGAUAGUUAGAGAAAUGAAGAAGCUUGGAGUCGAUGAACCAGCAUUUUAGUGAUAGAAAAUAAAAACUAAAUUUAAUACAAAAACACUCUUUU